AUGGAUCUGCGAGCGGUCUACGCCUGUCUCUACGUAAUCACCACGAUUGCCAUUGGCGCGUUGGGUGACUAUGUGGUGCUUGUGGAUCAUUUUGAUUUCGAGCCAGUGGAUCGCGAAUUGAUCGUCUCGAACAGUGCCUUCAUUGAGCAGGAGGGUAAUCGCAGCUAUAUCUCUGGUCAUUUGCAGCUGGGAAGAACCCUCAACGAGAUAAUCAUGCUCACUUCAAUGGACAUAUCUCGUCCCCGGCUGCCACGUGUCCGUCUCUUUGACACAAAGCUCGAUUUGUGCGCAUUUCUAAAUAACGCCUAUCGCAGCAAAUUUGUGAGACAUUUUUAUAAGAGAUUCGUUAACUUUGUUAAUAUUCAACCCACUUGUCCGAUCCAAGCGCACAUCAAUUAUAGCCUAACACGCAGCUAUCUGGAUGAAAGCGUUCUGCCUGAAUUACUGCCCGCCUGCAGUUAUUUCCUGAAGGUGGAAAUUCGCAACAGGACCAGCCGUUUCGCAAUCAUUCACUUGUCGGGCUAUAUUCGACCGGUAGUCGUUAGGACCACAACUCCGAAGCAUCAAACUUUUUAA